GAUAUAGUAGCUGCCGACCUUACUGUUCACUACGGAAGAGCACAGGAAAUAGAUUAUAUCUACCCGGCCUUUAAAGUUGAUAGAACGGAUAUAAUAUACAGGAUGAAGACUGACACCACAGGGUCUUUCUACUUAGUCGCAAAGCCACUGAAAGUUGAAGUCUAUCUUACUUUCGCCGCAGCUAUUGUGGGACUAUUUAUUGUAUAUAGUAUAGUUGAAAAUUACAACAGUAUCUUUACUGCGACAUGUGAUGGAACAUCGACAGUCUUCCUUCGACAAUUACCAAGUAUUAGCUGGCAAUUCGUUGGCUCCGUUUUCAGACAAGGAUUUCAAACAGAGCCACAAACAUGUGCCGGAAAGAUUCUUCUCUCUUCUUCUUGGUUGCUCGUUAUUGUCAUCUCGUCUGUAUAUAGUGCCAAUCUGAUGGCCGUUUUAACAGCUGGGACAGGAUCGUUAAAGAUUUCAAGCAUCAGUGACCUCGUCGACAGCGACUACACUGUAGGCAUGUACGACCUCGGUAUAGCCAUUGACGUUAUGAAGUCAUCCCAAAGGACAGAUAUUCGUCGACUUUACGACAAAAUGAAGAAAUUAAGUGAUCACGACACAGAAAUAUUCCUCAAUGAUGAAGAUAGGCAAAUGGCAAGAGUCAAACAGGGAAUGCAUGCUUUCGUCGUAUAUUUAUCCUUUGGGGAAGCACAAAUAGCUAGCGACUGCGAUCUUGCACUUGUUGGGGAACCUGUGUCCUGGUCGAAUGAAAGACUAGCACUUGCAAUACCAAAAGAUUAUCCGCUCAAGUCAGACAUCGAAAGAGUCAUGCGUCAGCUAAAAGAGAGUGGUAUUAUGGAGGUUUGGUGGAGUAAGCGGUUGGCGAAUUACAGUGACAAUUCCUGUGGCGUCAAGAGAAGUGUUAAGACAAUAACACUACAGGAUGUGUUAGGCGGAUUUCUUGUUGUGUGCGGAGGAAUUGGGUUGUCUUGUCUGAUGUUGAUAACUGAGUUGUGUCGACAUCAUGUGCACAACAUCUGAAAGUACAUGUCUUUGUUAUUCGUGUUGCCUGGAUCCCAGCAAGGAGAACCUGGCCGUCGGUGCCAGAAAUGCCCAAUGAACACAAAAGACCUGUAAGAACAAUUACAGAUGGAGCUUGUUUUGAGUCUAGGCCUAGGUUCUAAUAUUAAUAUACCAACGGGAAAUAGCAACAGAGCUUUAUAUAAAAUGUUGUAAAUGUUUUGUUGAUGUAAAUAUGAAUUGUCAAUGCAAGAGGAUACAGAAUGGAUGUCUGCCUGUGUGUUGGAGGCAUGAUACUCACACACGUGGAAUGUGAAAAGCACACAAUGGUUGUUUAGCUGUCACGUCCUCCUAAAACACUUUUGUUCAAUCAUAAACAACGAUUAUGCAAUAACAAGGCUUCUUGAGAAUCAGCGUCUCCGCACCGUGGGCAUGCUGCGAACAGGAAUUGAACAAAACGAAGGUGUUAAACAUUUGAAUGUUCAUCAGAACACAAUAACAUCUCUUUGGAGACGUUAUCUACAACAAGGUAACGCUCAUGACUUUCCAAGGGCCGGUUGUCCACGUGUGACAUCACAUCUACAAGACAACCAUAUUCGGUAGGUGCAUCAUCAUUCAUCUGAUCAGUGUUUUAUCACAACACCAUCACUGACAAAGCCCAUACCUGGUCACAUGAGACAGAGCGACACGCCAUAAAAGAGAGCUUGUGUUGAACUUUGGCCUGAAGAAACAGUGACCAUGGCAGUACAGCAAUAUUAACAAUAUCAGCAACACGUGCAACAUGAUGGCGGGCAAUAUCCUGUUGCAACGUGAUGUAACGUCCCUACAUUCUACUUGUCUGAGUGUCACGCUUCCCACAAACAAGCAAACAUCCAUUCUGUGCGCCGUUCUUAAAAUGCCCGUGGAAACUUAAUCACGAGCGUUAAAGUCGCGGAGAUGUCUUCAUGUAUAUCCACUGAAAGAUGCAUUACUUAAUUUAAGAAUGAAUUCAUUUUUAACCUUAUCUGAAGCACAGUUUUAUCCGUUAGUAUACUCCCUGAGAGUUGAAUAUUUAUACACACUCCAAAAAAAGAAACGCACAGGUAAAUUUCUAGAAAUUUAUUGUACUAAAUGAAGUCGAUAUAUUUAAUUUAAUA